AUGUCACCCUCUAGCCCAUAGUUUGCAAAGCCUUUCCCAGGAUAGAUCUCAUCGCGUCUCUUUGAACGUCCGAAGUGUUAGGCGGGGCCAAAGCCACUACCCCCACUCUACAAAUGAGGAAAAGCGCGACCCGCGUGGCCACACUUUCAGGCUGAGAGCCGCUAGCUAUAAAGCAGUCAACUGGCAGCAAGGGUCGCGCCCCUUUACACCACUGCAUCUGCGACCCCUGGCGCGAUCCCUGCCGGGAAUUGUAGUCCAAUGAACCUCAGCUCCUAUGGAUUGGACUACAAUGACCAGCAUGCCCCGCGCUUUUUUGCGCCCCCUUCCCUUUCAGCCUCGGGCGCGGGGGAGGCUCGGCAGACCUGCUGACUGGGAAGCGGUAUGGCAGCGACACUGGGCAGCGGGGAGCGCUGGACGGAAGCUUACAUUGAUGCAGUUAGAAGAAACAAAUACCCAGAAGACAGACCUCCUGAAAGUCAUGACCCCUGUGGUUGCUGUAACUGCAGGAAGGCACAAAAGGAAAAGAAGUCUGAGCAUGAGUGGAAUCAAACCCGACAGGGUGAGGGGAAUGCCACUUAUACUGAGGAGCAGCUGCUUGGAGUACAAAGGAUCAAGAAAUGCAAAAAUUACUAUGAAAUUCUGGGGGUUUCACGAAAUGCCAGUGAUGAAGAGCUUAAGAAAGCUUACCGAAAACUCGCCCUGAAAUUUCAUCCUGACAAGAACUGUGCUCCUGGAGCAACAGAUGCUUUCAAAGCAAUAGGAAAUGCCUUUGCAGUCCUGAGCAAUCCUGAGAAGAGACUCCGCUAUGAUGAAUAUGGAGAUGAACAGGUGACUUUCACUACCCCUCGAGCCAGACCUUAUAAUUAUUACAGGGACUUUGAAGCCGACAUCACUCCAGAAGAGCUGUUCAACGUCUUCUUUGGAGGACAUUUUCCUACAGGAAACAUUCAUAUGUUUUCAAACGUGACAGAUGACCCCCACUAUUACCGCCGGCGGCACCGACAUGAGAGGAUGCAGACACGGAAGGAAGAGGAAGAAGAUAAGCCUCAGACUACAUAUUCUGCAUUUAUUCAGUUACUUCCAGUUCUGGUGAUUGUGAUUAUAUCUGUGAUUACUCAGCUGCUAGCUGCUAAUCCCCCAUAUAGUCUAUUCUAUAAAUCGACCUUGGGCUACACCAUUUCUAGAGAAACCCAGAACCUACAGGUGCCUUACUUUGUGGAUAAAAACUUUGACAAGGCCUACAGAGGAGCAUCUCUGCGUGACCUGGAGAAGACGAUAGAAAAGGAUUACAUUGAUUACAUCCAGACAGGUUGUUGGAAGGAGAAACAACAAAAGUCAGAGUUGACCAAUUUGGCAGGAUUAUACAGAGAUGAACGAUUGAAACAGAAGGCAGAGUCGCUGAAACUUGAAAACUGUGAAAAACUUUCCAAACUGAUUGGCCUACGCAGAGGUGGCUGAGAGGAUGGUAGUCCUAUGCAGGCUCGGGGUUUUGCUACGUGUUACUGUUUAUGUUCCUAAUUCCAUUGUAUAAUACAAAAUUAGGAAAUGAUGAACAUUUUACAA